AUGCAGCGUCUUGAGUCGACUGGCCCACUUGGCCAAGGACCAGAAUUGAAGCCCCUUGAACAAAACAAGUAUUGGGCAACUGGAGGAUGGAAUCAGACUGAUCUACGAGAACAAUUAGAUGCCGAUGCGAUCGAUCUGGUCAAAGUCAUCGAAUCAAGCAAACCAUGGGAGCAACUCAAAUUGCCAAUCGUCUGCAAGAUAUGCGAGAAGACCAAAGCGAAUCAGCCAUAUCUCGACCAGGUACACUGGUGUUUUCAACACUGCACGCAAUGCGAAGACUUCUAUAUCUGCAUCGACUGUUACCCUACGGAGGAGUUCGACAAGCUGAAGGGAGAUCAUAAAGAUCACAAAUUCGUCCAAAUCACCACUCGACCCCUCUCAGCUCCUCUUUACGAUGGAAGUGAUCUUGACCACCUACAACUAUUCCGAAACUCCAAGACUUCUCAGCAGUUCUUCUCAUAUUUCCCAUGGUUUUUUCACUGCUUCGUCGGCUUCCAGGAAGUACGGGAGUUCAAUCGCAACCAGACCAUUGCUGCAUUGCAGACAAGUCCGGAUAUAGGUUCGCAGGAAUGGUUGUGCUUGAUGGAGAUGCAGAGCUAUCCUGUCGAUUGGUAUACACGAACAUUCGGCAGAGGGGAAUGGGAACUUCUAUUGGAGAAUAUGAAACCUCUUCUUGACGCGCGGGUGGAGAGUGCAAGGGCUUCGAUCCAGUUGCACGGUUUGCUUGGACAGCUGAAGAAGUUCAAUGAUGAGAAGGUGGCGUUGUAUGGGGCAGGAGAUAUUCCUUGUUUGAGGGAGGCCGGAAGUUGGAGACCUGUUGCUGCCAGUUUGGCUCCGAACAUGGUGGACUACAUCACCUAUACGAUUCCAUUGCAAUUUAUGACUGUACUGGAUACUGAAAUCGACCAUACCAAAGUGGACCGCUUACUUGAUGGGACUACGAGGAAUCGGUCCGAUUCCUCAGGUCGAGAAGUAUCAAUUUCUACGGGGACGGGUAUUGAGGACAGAAUCCAGAAUCUUCAUAUUGAGGCAGGAGAAAGGGAUGAUGCUGGCAGUCAGAAUCAUAUUAACGAUGGGGUUUCGCUUGAUAUUCACAAACUACAGCCCGACACAACAACAGAUCCAUACCGAGAGAUGCUAAGACUCUGGCCAAUGUUCUCCGUCAUCUUCAAAGCUCACCCUGGAUACGAUGAAUUGAUUUCUCCUGUCAUGAUGAGUGACCUCUCUAGUCACUUUGAAAAAAUGAAACCUUCUUGGCAUUCAUUCCUCUCCAGAGAUCAUCUGAUACGAGAGCGACUGUGGCAGACCGAUUACAAGAACUUACCAGAGAUGACAAUUAAGAAUCUCAGCGUCCUGGUAUCGGCUACCAUGAAUCCUUGGCCACCGACUCAUCUCAAUGCUGAGUCUCUACUUGAAGCACAGAAGCGCAGAAUGAGAGGUAAUUACGAAGAAGCAAUCGCAAUUCUCCGUCCAUUUCACGAUGUUGACCCAACGGAUGUUCAUAUUGCACUAGAACUGCAGCAAGUCUAUCUUCAACAAGGUUACUUUCAGAAAGCCAUGGCCUGCGGUAAUGGAGUUGCCAAGGCGGAACUCGUCGCCUUGAAGUCACGGAUGGACGAAGCUUCUCAGGACAUGGAAGCUGGAGACAUGACUUCCGCCACUCGCACAAGCAGAGAGGUUCGAGUGUCUAGUCCAAUUGCUCGCGCUUUGCUUCGCAUGAUAUCGAAUUAUCUUAGAUGCUUCGUACAUGGAAAAUGGGAGGUCGCCGUGGCGGAAGCUGCCGAGAUGUUCGAUAAAUACCUGGUUGAUUGGAACCCAGGAGCGGAAGAUCCAACACUGCUAAUUUACUUGGAACUCUACUACCACAAGAUUAUUCUGGCAACUUGCCGCGAUUUGGAACACUCUACGCCAAGAGAUGCUGGACUGGCCAGACUGAGAGCUAUUCGUCACCAUCUUUGCAACAAGCAUCAUAGCAGUGGCUUGGCCCCACUCGCGUGGGAGGUUCUGUUGACAGAGCUGGAGAUGUUGAAGCGAACUAUUCGUGACCAGUAUUUCGACAUGGAAGACGCGUUCAGUGUAGCGAAAUAUGUCCACACCGAGUCAAUUGCACGGCCCAUGAUCUCAGAUUUCGAGCGUUCAGAUAUUAUGACAGAAGCGCGGACUCAUAUUACAGAUAUUUGGGCCGCUAUGACCUUGCUCAAUGCAGAUAUUUUCAGCGAAAACGGUGCGCCUCAGGUAGCAUUAUUGAUGCUGCGUUUCGUGGAGGCAGAAUACCACAAUCUGAGCGAGUCAUCAGGACUGCCACCACACGCUGGACUUUUCGAUGUCCAACUUCUGGACAUCAAACUUGCAGGAAGAUCGAUCGCUUUCGGUAGAAUUCAGAGCCUGUAUGAUGAUUUGAGGCAGCGGAACGAUCUCACACGGCUGCGUCAGCUGCGGCGGUGUAACGUCACGUAUCUCAGCAAAGACUCUCCAGCGCACAAUUGGGAACUAUUCCAAAGAUCUUCGCUUCGAGAACUGGCCAAAGAAGCAGGCGAUAACAUCAUGUAUCAGAGAUGGAAUCUUCGCAAGUAUGCCGGUGACACUCUUUCGGUAGCAUCAAUUAACGAUGCGGAACGAGUAAUUGCAAAUGACGAUUCAGUAGCUGUCCACAGCAGUUUUCUGGUGGUCUUCGCAUCGUUCAACCUGAGUCGAGCAUAUCUGUCUGUCGGGAAUUUCUUCGAAGCCGCACUCAAUUCUCUCCUUCACCUUUCCCUAACAGCACAACGAGGAGAUGUUGAAAGUCAUCAGCGCGCGAUGUUGAAUGUGCUGCAUAUCUAUUCAGAAGCCGCAGCGAACAACACGACGAAUCCAGAGGAGACUCUCCAAAUACUUUCAGUUCUCUGGCCGGGGUGGUUGACACCAAAGUCGUACGAUAGAUGGGAAGCUGGUCAAGCUCGCUGCGACGAAAUUGAUCGAUUUAUUGAUGCCGCUCUGUUCAUCCCGAAUCUUGCAGGCCGUGUAGGUCGAGAGAACCAAGGAGCAAGCAAGAUGAUCCCGAAACCGUACAAUUCUAAUUUUAUCGACUACAUGAUCACUCAUCUUCGCCUUGCUUUCGCUCUGUAUGAAGCCCUUCCAAAAUACCUCGCACAUACCGUCAUUCCAAAAAUCGCUCUUGGACUCGCAGCAGUCGCUACAUAUGUCUGCAACAAAGAGCUCGCCAUUCGUACGUAUGCCAUUGGACAGACAGCAAUCCAUUCUCAAGACUUCCUCAGCCUCGCGACAUUCCGACUCAGAGCUGGAAAGCUCAUGACACUCCUCGGCGAGGAGGAUCCAGAACAUUGGAUGCACGUUGUUCCGGCUGGCCGAGCUCUGCUCAAGAGUGCAGCUGAGAAGUUCCUUAGCAUUCGCCAACUAGCUGGAGCACAAAUGAGGAUUUGUGAGGCGAAUGUCGAUUUGUUAAGAAGUGUUGUCGCGGAGGGGAGAGCGAGGAAAUUGUUGUUGACUGAGAGGUGGGAGAGUCUUGGUGGGGGGGUAGAUGAUCUCGAUCGUUAUGUUUAUGGGCAGAUCGUGACUGUGAUUAAUCUUCAAGAGGAGGCGCUGAUGCCUAUGACAAUGACUGAUAUCUUGAUUUUGAAGACCGCGCAACGACUGGUCAUGGCUUCACCGUACGAAGCCAGCCAGAACCUAGCAUAUCUGGCUUCCAGCCCUAUCCCCCGGAAAAAUCGAGAACUGGUCAUUGAAUUAUGUUAUAUUCUCAGCGAUUUGGAACCAUUCCAGGGAAAGCCAACAGGAUCGGCACUAUGCACCUUCAUCCAGAGAUACAAAGCGAAUAUUCUGUAUCGCCAAUCAUUCUCAAACCUCGUACCAUCCCGAUAUCUAGAAGCCAUCGAAGCAGAUCCGACUGCUUUGAAGCUGUAUCAAGAAGAACAGAGACUCAUCAAAGAGGGUCCACAAGCUAUGGGAGAUAACAGACUACAGGACCUGGAAGGAGAGAUGUUGGAGCAUCCUACUCUAAAGCCAUUGUUAGAUCAUCGACAUAACACACUCAAAGUUGUGCCUUCCGAUUUUCAUUCUCUGGCUUCGGUAUCGAAACUUACCCAGGGACCGGACUCGGAUCUGAUUCUCAUUGACUGGAUGAAAUAUCACGACUACUUUCUGAUUACGGGAUACAAUGUCACGAAACAGAAGAUCUGUAUCUUGGAAUUGAUACCAGACUGCGAAGUCAUCGAAGUCGAGGAGUGGGUCACCAUCCAUUUGAAAGUCGAUGGCAAACUCCUUCCAAAGACGCUAGAUUCUUCAGAUAUCUUCAAGCCACUCUAUCCUCUCGUUCGUGCCAUCGCUGGAUCUUGUACCAAGGAAGAUCUCCUCGUUUUCUCCCCUUCCCAAGAACUUCAUUCAAUUCCUUUACACGCUCUGCCAUAUGCAAACGAGGACGACAGACCAAUCAUCGACUUCCACCCCAUUGUCUACACACCAAGCAAUCUCAUUCUGAAACAAUGCAUUGUGCGCGUCCUAGAGUCAAGCACCUCUCCACCUUCAACGGCGUCCCUGUUCGGACGCUGGGGAUCCGAAAGCACCAACGCCGAGGAAGAAGAGCGUAACAUCUCCACUUCCCUCGAAAACAUCUCAACACAGCUCUCAACAGCCAACAUAAAAUCGACAAUAAUUUCCGGCUCGUCACUAACCCACAAAGCUUUCUCAUCCAACAUGUCUCAGUCCGACAUCCUCCACUUCCACACUCACGUCAACGAAACAGGCCUCAAGCAACACUUGCAGCUCGAGCCUGAAGCCUCAUCUUCCACUCCCUCAUCCCCUUCGAUUCCGAGGAGUCUAAAUCCAUUUGUGCAUCUUCACCAAACCCAUCAGAACAAUACAUAUAAUCUACAAGACGCCUUCGCGACACAGAUCCGCGCCAAAUUGGUCGUGAUGAUGGGCUGUCGGUCAGGACAACAACAUAUUUCCUCAUCCGAGGACGCUUUAGGCUUGAUAUCAGCGUUCUUCGCCGCUGGUGCGAGCAGUAUUGUGGCCACGUUGUGGCAAUUCGAAACGGCUGAUGCGUCGAAGUUCUCGAGCUUCUUUUACAAGGAGAUGUUUGCUGAGGAAGCCGGAGGUGGAGAUGCAGGGAAAAGAUUGAUUGACGUUGCUGGAGCGUUCAGAACGUCUGUGGUGGAGAUGCGUGCGUGUCAGAAGAAUAUGUGUAAGAAGAAGAGGAGUCUGGAGGAGAGGCUGGGGUGUCAUGUUGGGGAGGAGCAGGGAGAGCCGUAUCAUUGGGCGAGUUUUGUUUUGUGGGGGAGUUGGGUUAUGAGGGGUGUUGGGAGCGGAGAGGAGGAUGGUGAAGGGGGAGGUGAUGUGUUUGAGGGUGUGAGGGAGGAGGUUCUUGGUGGUGGGAGUGGGGAUAUUGGGAACGGGAGUGGAAAAGGGAAGGAAAGGGAGGUUCGAGCUGAAGCUGAGGUGGAUAACUCAGCUGAGGAUUCAUAUGACCGUUGUAGCGUUCAGUAA